CCGGGCUCUAGCCAAUCAGGCGUCGAGCUCCUCCCCUCUUUCUCUCUCCCCCCCCCAUCAGGGCGGGGAGGGUCUUGAAAGGAAAGGGCGGGAAAAGGGGACUGAGGAGAGACUUUGAGGGGGCACUCUGAAGGUCCAUCUUCACCCUGAGGCAGGAUAAGAAGACAGCAGGAUGAGAAGGGUGAGAUCCAGUUUGCAGGAGCUCUCAGAAAACAAUGUGGUCCAGUUCCUGAAGAAACCUCAGACCAUUGCUAGGAUCCUAGCUGGGCUCUUCUCGCUGAUCAUAUUUGCCUCCCUUGUGACCGACGGCUACCAGAACCUGACAGCUUCAUCCCAGCUGCGCUGCGUGCUGAAUGACAAUGGGGUGGCCUGUGGCUAUGCCAUCACAGCUGGGAUCUUGGCAUUCCUACAGUCCUUCCUCUUCCUGGCCUUCGAUGCUUACGACAGCAUCAUCAUUAGCCACAAAGUCAAAUCUGUCAUCCUGAGUGUGGACCUGACCUUCUCCAUUGUCCUGUGUUGUUCAUCAGAAAUAAAAAUACCCACCAGCUUCUCAAGCAGCUUAUUCCCUGGAGCAGGAAGUGUCACUGAGUUUCCCAUUAGCUCAUCAUCUGGUCAUGCAUAUGGUUCGUUGGCUUCUGUUUCCUGGCCAAUCAAUGGAACAGGUCUACUCACCACUACCUGCUGGGAAGCAGCUCGGCCCGCGCCAGCAUCGCCUUUGCUUUCUUCUCUGUCCCCUGCUGGGUGUAUCUGGGCUACCAAGCCCUGUGGGGCCUGUGGGCUGAGCCCCCCAUUCCCUACAAACAGUCCUUGGACGAAGGUGCUGUGGCCCUGACCACGCUCUCUUCUGUCACCACUACCUCCAUCCCCAACAGCAUGGAUUAUCACAGCCCCACUGAUGGUAGCGGUGCCAGCUCCACCCCCUUCCCGCAGACUCCCAUAGGAAACCGGCUCACUUUCAUGAAUGACAAUUA